ACUUCUAAAGAUAUAAACGAACGAGUAUUAGAUGUAGAAUUGAACUGCCCGAAGCAACAAUCAAAAUUAAAACGUUUUAUUCACCGGCACAUUCCUGUAACACGAUGGUUACCAAAUUACUCCCGAUAUUAUGGUGUUUCCGAUUUUAUCGCUGGUAUAACUUUGGGGCUGACGAUGAUACCACAAAGUAUUGCGUACGCUGCACUUGCUGGCUUAACUCCACAGUACGGAUUAUACUCGUCAUUUUUGGGUGGCUUUAUCUAUCUUAUCUUCGGAACUAUCAAAGAAGUGUCUAUUGGCGCAACAUCGCUGAUGUCUCUUGUCACUGUUGAAUACACGCGAGACAUGCCCGUUGACUUGGUUAUCCUUUUAUGCUUUUUAGCAGGAUGUACUGAGUUAUUAAUGGGACUUAUGAAUCUAGGUGGAUUUUUGGUCGAUUUUAUUUCAAUGUCUGUAACUAGUGGAUUUACAAGCGCAACUUCGAUCAUCAUAAUUAUGUCCCAAUUACCCGGUCUCUUGGGUCUGAGAUUCAAAUGCGAAAAUCUUACAGAAGGAAUCAAAAAGUUGUAUCAAAAUUGGAGAAAAAUACGGCUUAAUGAUUCAGUACUAGGAAUUUCGUGCAUUAUUUUUCUGCUAGCAUUUCGAAAAUUAAAAGACAUUGAUUGUUCUAAAAUUAAGAGUAGAAACAAAUCGUGGGGUCAAUUAAUACAGAAGACCUUGUGGUUCCUGUCGAUAUCGCGGAACGCAAUAACUGUCUGUAUAGCUUCUUUUAUUACAUACAAUCAUUAUCAUAAUGGAAGUUCAAUAUUUAUAACAUCAGGUUCUGUUACUCCUGGUCUUCCAUCAUUCAAUCCUCCUCCUUUUUCUUCUCAAGUUGGAAAUGUGACGUACAACUUUUUAGGCAUGUGCUCCCAUUUAGGCAGCGGAAUCAUCAUGGUACCCUUGGUCGCUGUUUUGACAAAUGUUGCUAUUGCCAAAGCGUACGUACGCGAUGGAACAGUAGAAGCGACCCAAGAAAUGCUGACUCUAGGUGUUUGUAAUAUUGCUGGCUCUUUUUUUUCAUCAAUGCCAACUUGUGGUGCAUUUACUCGAAGUGCAGUCGGAAGUGCCAGUGGUAUCCAGACACCCAUGGCUGGACUCUAUUCUGGAAUAAUGACUCUGCUUGCUUUGAGCUUUCUUACUCCUUAUUUUAGUUUUAUACCCAAAGCUUCUCUUUCUGCGGUACUUAUUAGCGCAGUUGUAUUUUUAAUUGAUCUGAAAGUAUUUAGAAUAUUAUGGAAUGGCAGUAAGAGAGAUAUGAUUACUGCGGGUAGUACUUUUUUAAUAAGUAUUUUUAUAAAUGUUGAAUCUGGUCUUUUGUUUGGCACGUUAAUUAAUGCGUCAUUUUUACUAUAUUUGUCGGCAAGACCAUCUAUCACCAUUGAUAAAUGCAAGACUGUUUAUGGACUUGAAUAUGUCAUAGUUAAACCAGAAAUCGGGCUAUUUUAUCCAGCAAUAUCAUACCUGACGAAUAAAAUAAGUCGAAUUGCUCGCAAAGAAGCUAAAGGUAUUUAUCCCGUAGUUGUCGACUUUGAUCGACUUCAGGGAAUCGAUUACACCGCGGCAAAGGGGAUACAAGGCAUACUGUCUGAUUUCGAGGGGAAAUCUCAACCAUUGAUAUUCUUAAAUGUCAAUCCAAAUGUCGUAUCUUCCAUCAUACGUCUCAGCGGCAUGAAAAAUUUCAAUGCAGUUUGUAAUGAAGACGAUCUCAUUGACACGCUUAAGAAUUUAGAGAUAACUGAAAAAAUUUACAAAGCUCAAGAUCUAUCUUUCAAAGAAUUAUUGAAUAAAUCUAGCGAUUUCACUAGUCAGAAAGAAAAUACGAAACAAUCAGUACUCACUGAACAAGAAUCUCUAUUAGCAAGUGAUAAACCAAGUGAAUUGAAAUCUACUGAUUGUUGA